GGGAGGCAAAUAUACAUGUUCCCCAAAAGAAGAGGUGCCUUGCACUUCAGUAUUCCAGAUCCUUAGCACAUUUGCAAAUCGCGAGGGUCAUCAAGCAGGUCAAACAUUUACACGCAAACCACGGACUGAAGCACGUGGCGCAAGGAUGCGGCGCGUUAUCCGUUAUCUUGUAUGUUACAGAGUACCUACUGUGCCACCAUGGUCCAGCACUGUGAAGCCCUCAACCGCUCUGUUCAAGUUGUAAACCUGGAUCCAGCAGCAGAACACUUCAACUACUCCGUGAUGGCUGACAUUCGGGAACUGAUUGAGGUGGAUGAUGUAAUGGAGGAUGAUUCUCUGAGAUUUGGUCCCAAUGGAGGAUUGGUAUUUUGCAUGGAGUACUUUGCCAAUAAUUUUGACUGGCUAGAGAACUGUCUUGGCCAUGUAGAAGAUGACUAUAUCCUUUUUGAUUGCCCAGGUCAGAUUGAGUUGUACACUCACCUGCCUGUGAUGAAACAGCUGGUCCAGCAGCUCGAGCAGUGGGAAUUCCGAGUCUGUGGAGUUUUUCUUGUUGAUUCUCAGUUCAUGGUGGAGUCAUUCAAGGUCGAUCUGCUGAGUAAAAAAGCUAAAAAGGAAAUUGAGAAGUUUUUAGAUCCAGACAUGUAUUCUUUAUUAGAAGAUUCUACAAGUGACUUAAGAAGCAAAAAAUUCAAGAAACUGACUAAAGCUAUAUGUGGACUGAUUGAUGACUACAGCAUGGUUCGAUUUUUACCUUACGAUCAGUCAGAUGAAGAAAGUAUGAACAUUGUGUUACAGCAUAUUGAUUUUGCCAUUCAGUACGGAGAAGACCUGGAAUUUAAAGAACCAAAGGAACGUGAAGAUGAGUCUUCUAUGUUUGAUGAAUAUUUUCAAGAAUGCCAGGGUGAAUGAAGAGUUUACUACAAAGUAACCAUCUAUACAUGAGGAGCUUGUGGCGAAACAAGCAGAACAUUCUUCUCUUCAAAGGGUGCAAGAGUAGAAAGCUACCUAUUUUAAUGAAAAAAGUAAUACUUCAUUCUUUAUCAGCUGCAUGCCUGAAUCAAGUUUUUAAUUAUCCUGAAACUGCUGCUGUUUAAAGUGGAAUAUUUUAGUAGUAUUAUAACAGCAUCACUUGAGAUUUUGUAAGUCAAAAUUGAAAUGAAUGCACAUAGAUUUGUGUGUAAUAUAAAUCUGCACCUGAACUAAGGGUAAGGCUAGUCUAACGUUUUCACUUUUUGUGUUGUUUUUGAGAUGCAGGAAUUACUGUAACAAAAUAUGUAUGUCUGAAGGGGAAAAGUUGGAAGGAUAUACAUAAGACAUUGCUUAUCUGUACCUUCCCAUUUUCCUAUAUUGAAAAUGUAUAAUAUUUAUAUAACUUAAAAAGGAAAAGUAACUGUUUUGAGAUACUUAUGUAUAUAUAUAUAAAAGAAACAAAGGUUUUUAA